AAAAAAAAAAAAAGGUCACAAGCCCACUCACCCACAGAGACACACAUACACACGUCCGCGCGCGCGCCGCCGCCUCUUCCCCCCCAAACGGCAAAGUUCAAGUCAAAAGUGGACGCAUGCGAGCUCAGUUCACGUCGGAUGCGGGGGGAAGGAGGCGCUCAAGGAACACUUGCCACUGGUUCCACGCUGAGCCGUUGAUUCGGCUGGAUGAACAUUUAGCCUCAUGUUGGUUCAUACUAUUUACCUUUUUUCAUUUUCUAUUCUGAAGAGGGCUGAGUACGUAGGAUCGAGGAAAUCGUAUCAUGAAGAUACGGGAGAGGGUCAUCUUCAGACCAAUUGCUUUCCGUCGUUCUUAUUCUACUUGGGUCUCUUUGGUCUGAUCGCCGCCGUCCGACGGUAUGCGGUGAUGCUUGUCAACUGGGGGGAACUUGGAUACAUGCAAGCCUUUUUACGCCUUGCGGCAAUUAAACUUCCAAGAUCGUGGGUUUAUCUGUUUAUUUUAUUUUAAUUUAUUUUUCAGCGGUCGGAUCUUGAGUUUGGUUCGUAUCCUGGGAUGUUGUUAUAUAGUGGUCCAUAAUUAAGGAACUAUCUUACUGUCUGGGAGUAUUUGUGGUUGGUGUUUUAAUUGUUAUUCAUAUUAAUCUUGAUCGGGCGAGUUAUCGACUGGAUGGCCUAAUU